AUGCUCUCAGAUGGACUGAGUUCACACUGUAAACUGGAGAUACUGAGGUGUUUCACUAUCUUACAUUUCACUAUAGAUGGAAAGGAAGGCUGUUCUGUUCUGGCAUCAGCUCUGACUUCAAACCCCUCAUAUCUGAGACAGUUGGACCUCAGCUGCAAUCAUCCAGGAGAAUUAGGUGAUGCUUGUGAGCUCACACUGGACCCAAACACUGCACACACACAUCUGUUUCUGUCUGAGGGGAGCAGAACUAUGACACAUGUAGAAGAGGUGCAGUCGUAUCCAGAUCAUCCUGAGAGAUUUGAGUGCUAUCCUCAGGUUCUGUGCAGAGAGAGACUGUCUGGAUGCUGUUCCUGGGAGGUUGAGUGGAGUGGGAAGAGUGGAGUCUAUGUUUCAGUGUCAUAUAAAGGUAUCAGGAGGAAAGGAGAGAGUAAUGACUGUGAGUUUGGAUCCAAUGAGAAGUCCUGGAGGCUCAUCUGCUCUGAUAACAGUUUCUCAGCCUGGCAUAAUAAUAAGACGACUAAAAUGCAUCUACCGUCUUCCUCAUCUCGUUCUAAAAGGGUAGGGGUGUAUUUGGACUGGCCAGCUGGCACUCUCUCCUUCUACAGCAUCUCUGACACAAACAGAGUCACACACUUACACACAUUCCACUCCACAUUCCCAGAGCCUCUCUACGCAGGGUUUGGCCUUUAUUCUGGCUCCUCAGUGUCUCUGUGUCAGAUUGAGACGUCUCCUGUUGGAAAGAACUCAAACAACUGUGGGAAUGACAUAAAUACAGUUUUAACAAACGCUUAG